GGUACUUUUUCUUGCCGUCAAAACUGCUCUCCUAAGCACGUACAUCGCACAGCAGCAGUCAUGCUCAUUCGUGAUUCUACUACUCAAACUCCUCUUUUCCCGGAGAAGACUACUCCACCUUCACCUGAUACUAUCAACAACGAUGACGAAGGAUGCAUAAGUAAUGAGAAGCCAGCGAAUUCUGCCGGUAACAGCUAUGUUAUCAAGAAGGAAGCCAUCAUGAAAGAGCUACAAUACGCUAUUCUUAACGAAAAGCUCGGACAAGAUGAUUGCUUUUACGUGAUCGACCUGGGACAACUUCACCGGCAAUAUCUGAAAUGGAAAAGAUGUCUUCCGAGAAUCACGCCGUACUAUGCUGUCAAAUGCAACCCAGACCCAAAAAUCAUUCAAUGCUUGUCUUCGAUGGGCCUUGGUUUCGAUUGUGCAAGUGGGUUUGAGAUGGAAAACGCUUUAAAAAACGGCGCUGAUCCUUCCAAGAUCAUUUAUGCGCACACUUGCAAACAAGCUUCCUAUCUUCGUUAUGCAGCCAAAAACGGUGUUCGGAAGAUGACAUUUGAUAAUGUGGACGAACUUUACAAAAUCAAAUCCUUGUAUCCUGACGCCCAGCUGCUGUUGCGUAUUCUGACCGACGAUACUAAGGCUAAAUGGGGUAUUGGAAUUAAAUACGGAGCACCCAUGUCGGCCGUUGAUAGUUUGCUGGAAACCGCCCAAAAGCUUGACCUUAAUGUUGUCGGUGUCAGCUUUCAUGUUGGCAGCGGAUGCUCUGAUACUAACGCGUACCAAGAUACCUUGAAAAACUCACGCCACGUUUUCGACCGCGCCAAAGAUUUUGGAUUUACUUUUACACUCUUGGAUAUAGGCGGUGGGUUUUUUGGCAUUAAUUAUCCAGGCAAACCAACUUUUGAGCAAAUCGCUUCCGUCAUCGGCAAAGCUAUCGACUCGAUGUUUCCUCCAGAAAUAGAAAUCAUGGCUGAGCCUGGCAGAUACUUUGCGACGUCUACUCUCACGGUGUGUUGUCAGAUUGUCGCACGCAGAAAAGAAAAAGUGCCUCACGAGCCAGACUUUGUCAAUAGCGGGAUAGGAGAAAAGUAUACAUACUAUGUCAACGAUCUUCUACACGCCUCGUUUGCCACCCGGUUAUUUUACAGCGAUGUACUCGAACUGAAAGUCUUGAUGAAAAACGGGGUGUGCAUGUACGGCCAAGAGCAUAACGAGGAAGUGUAUCCAUGCAGUGUGUAUGGCCACACGUGUGAGCCCGGCGACCGUCUCACCGAAAACACAAAGCUUCCGUUGAUGGAGAUUGGUGAUUGGAUAUAUGCAGAGAAUAUGGGUGCAUAUGCCAUGGCUACAUGUCAUUUCACUGGAUUUGACCGUCCAAAAAUACUCUAUGUUGAUACCUCUACACAUCAAUAAUAAAGCUAAAUACUUUUA